ACGCCUUGCUCCGCCCGUGUCGUGGCGUUGCCUUGCUCUUCCGCUUGCUAUAUAAUCCCCAAUUUCCUCUCGCUCUUUCUGCUCCCCCGCACCAUAUAAAGCCUCCCGAUUUCGAACGCUCUCCCCCUUCCUCCUCCAGUCCUUCUCCCCUCUCCCCGAUCCAUUCAAACCCACCGCGCUGCGCUCCACCACCUCCCUCCCGGAUCCUAGAUCCGCCGCCGUCCGGUCCAGUCCAGUCCAGGGUGAUCCAGCCGACCCGCAGCGCAGGCAAGGCGAUGGCCACCUUCGAGCUGUAUAGGCGGUCCACCAUCGGCAUGUGCCUCACCGAGACGCUCGACGAGAUGGUCUCCAGCGGUACCCUCAGCCCUGAGCUCGCCAUCCAGGUGCUCGUCCAGUUUGACAAGUCCAUGACUGAGGCGUUGGAAAACCAAGUGAAGAGCAAGGUUACUGUCAAGGGCCAUCUGCACACCUACAGGUUCUGCGACAAUGUCUGGACAUUCAUCUUGACGGAUGCACAAUUCAAGAAUGAGGAAACUACAGAACAAGUUGGCAAGGUGAAGAUUGUGGCCUGCGAUUCCAAACUACUCACCCAAUAACUUGCUUACUGUGAGCUCAUGGUGGGGUUUGUUCCUCGCCUCCGCUAGACCUGUCUCCGCCUGAAGAACCGCACAACCACAUUGCCAUUUCCAUAAUCAGUGGGUAUCUAUAGAAUCUCCUGUGCUACCAGAGUAUCGCAGACACAAACUCUUUUUGAUUCGUACCAUGGCUCUCGUGUAAUGGUUUCUGGAACUUGAUGUGUUGAUAAUGUGAUAUAAAUGAUGACUAAAUGAAGAGUAGCAGAAUAUGCGGAAUCGCCUCCUGAACCGUUCUGGUCCUGUAUGACUUAUUGUUCAAAACUCAUGCCUGUAUCUGUAUGUGAUAUGAACCAGUUCCAAAUUUUCAUUGAAAUUGAACUAGCAGCAGCAUUUA